UAGAGAGGCAGAGCUCAGAGUUUGUCAGAAGGCAGACCUGACAGGGUCACACACAGGACCAAGCAGGAGCAGGACCUCAGCAUUUUGACCUUUUACUACAAAUGGAGAAACAUGAAGAUGUUCAAUACUGUUUUCAAGAUAGAAACUCUUCUUGCAGAAAGGUUUUACUAUCGACAUCUAUCUACAUAACUCUGUACAUCUUCUUCUCAUUGAUUUCAGCGGUUACAGUAUUUUUGAACGUACUGGUGAUCAUCUCCAUCUCUCACUUCAAGCAGCUCCACACUCCAACCAACCUGCUCAUCCUCUCUCUGGCUGUGGCAGAUCUCCUGGUGGGACUGAUUGUGAUACCAGUAACGACUGUAGCAUUAAUGGAAUCAUGCUGGGGUUUUGGGGAAUAUUUCUGUGUGUUUUAUUUCUACAUCACGUGUUUAUGUGCUUCUUUAUCUCUGGGCAGUUUGGUCUUGAUAUCUAUUGACCGRUAUGUUGCUGUGUGUGAUCCCUUAUCGUACCACUCUAAAAUAACAAUAACAAGAAUGAUGUGUUGUAUAUCCAUUACCUGGUGUUUUUAUAUCAUAUAUGAUGCUGCUAUUAUAAAAAUAUUUGUAAAUGUACAGGUACCGAGUAGGUGUUUGAAAGAAUGUUUUAUUGUGAAAGGAUCACAGGCCAGAAAGGUAUUUUCAAAAGAGGCUGUCAGUGUGUCUGGUGUUAAAACUGUACAGGCAAAUAAGUCUGAGAGAAAAGCAGCAAAAACUCUGUCUAUUGUUGUUUUCAACUAUCUCAUUUGUUGGAUUCCAAUUCAAUUUUAUUUAUUUUUUAUUUUAAUUGACAAUGUAUCGUCAUUCAUCAUCAGCUUUUUUCCACUAGUUAAUUCCUUAAUUAAUCCAAUCAUUUAUGCUUUCUUUUAUCCAUGGUUCAAAGUGACAGCUAAACGUAUUUUAACUCGGGUGAAGUUAAGGCGUUCGUAGUUCCUAUGUUUUUAUUGCCUAGUUUGACAUAAUUAUGUUAUACUGUUUUGUUGUUGUAAUUGCUUCUUUCAUGUAACAAUACUCUUUCAUUACUUCUCUCUGUGUUGUCAUCAUAGAUACAUGUGUUGUUGAUACAGAAUGAUUUAGCUGGAUUGGAUUGGAAUGACUUGGAGAAGGCAUAAGAAGGCAUAAGCUUGUUUUAUAAAAUACAUUGUAGUCAUUUUGGGUUGUAUAUUCCAAAUACUA